GCUCAGCCAGUCCACCCGGCGGACCCCGGCGGCCAGCCUAGCAAGCAUCUCCCGAGGUCCAAACCUCAGACGCAUCCACGCGGACGGGGCGGACCGGACGGGCAACGCGGAAAGGGGCCCCAGAGACCAUGGAGACCCCGGCUGGGCUAGCAGUGGCGGCCAAGCGCGAGCCCCGAGCCUGAGGAGAGCCUGAAGCGGGAGCCGCUAGGGCCAUGACUUCGGUGUGGAAGCGCCUGCAGCGAGUGGGCAAGCGGGCCGCCAAGUUCCAGUUUGUGGCCUGUUACCAUGAGCUGGUGCUGGAGUGUAGCAAGAAAUGGCAGCCUGACAAGCUGGUGGUGGUAUGGACCCGGCGGAACCGGCGGAUCUGCUCCAAGGCCCACAGCUGGCAGCCUGGCAUCCAGAACCCAUACCGUGGCACCGUGGUGUGGAUGGUCCCUGAGAACGUGGACAUUUCUGUGACCUUGUACAGGGACCCUCACGUGGACCAGUAUGAAGCCAAAGAAUGGACGUUUAUUAUUGAAAACGAGUCCAAGGGACAGCGGAAGGUACUGGCCACAGUUGAUGUGGACCUGGCCCGCCACGCAGGGCCCGUGCCUGCUCAGGUUCCACUUCGACUGCGGCUGAAGCCCAAGUCUGUGAAGGUGGUGCAGGCGGAGCUGAGCCUCACCCUCUCCGGGGUGCUGCUGCGUGAAGGCCGGGCCACGGAUGAUGACAUGCAGAGUCUGGCCAGCCUCAUGAGUGUGAAGCCCAGCGACGUGGGGAACCUGGACGACUUUGCUGAGAGUGAUGAGGAUGAAGCUAAUGGCCAUGGCGCUCCUCGAGGGCCCCAGUCAGAUCUCUCUCGAGGGCUGAAGACACUCUGUGAAGAAGACGAUGAAGGCCGCCUACGGCCCCAGCAGGCAGCUGCCGAACCCUCUAGUGCUGAAGAUACCGGCCCUGCCCCUGUGAGUGCCCCUGAGCCCCCGGCCAGGGCCUCCCGGGGCCAGGGGUCAGAACCAGCUGCUUCAGCCGGGGGCCAGGUGGGGCCUGAAACCCCAAGGCCCCCACAAUCCCCACCAGAGACAAGGUCCACCAGGCAGCCAGGCCCAGACAUGGUCCCCACCCCAGCCCCUCGGCUCCGGAAAGGCUCUGAUGUACCCCAGUCCCCACUGCCCUAUAGGGGGGAUGAGGUCUCCAAUACCUCAAAGGAUCCUCCAACAGGAGUCGGUUCUUCUGGGGAGACCCAGACCCAGAUAAGCUCUCAGGAAGGGACAGAGGCCCUUGGAGCCAGGCCAGAACCAGACAUUGAGGUCAGAGGCUCCAAAGAUGCUUUGCGAGGAGAAAGAUCCAAAGCUGAAGAGGGGGACACUGGGGACAGGCCAGGGGCUAGUGGGGCAGGAAACAGAGAGAAGAACACUAGGAAGCCAUGUACCACAGCUGAAGAGGCUGAAGAGAGCUCAAAACCUCACCAAGUAGCUGCUGAGCAGAAGUCAAAGGUACAGCAUAUGGCCACGGAGGGAACAGAAGCUGCAGGCCUGAGGCCUAAGGCAGGACUUGGGGAAACUCCUGAGGCUCCUCCUAGGGGUGCUCAGAGGAGGAUGGGGUCAGGGACCCAGGAAGAGGCUGCCAGUGACCUGACCCCAUCUCCAGCUGAGCCUGAAGUGCCUUUAGGGCACCUCAGGGGUGCCAGGCCUGCAGGCCAGGAGAGAGAAAGCACAGAGGUUAGGAGUGGAGCCCCUGCAAUUGGGAGGAUGGGCCUGGAGAAGGGCUCUGCUGUGGGAGCAGCAAGUGCUGGGCCCCAGGUGAGCUGCUUCCGGGGAGUCCCAUCAGUUGGCCCCGGGGCAAUAUCCAGAGAUCUGAGGGCCCAGGAGGCAGAAAUUGGGGAGCUGAGGGUUCUGGAAACAGAGGCUGAGUGUGUGCCUCAGGAAGCUAUAGGGACACCAAAGACAGAUGUUGGGAGAACAGAGUGUCCAGAUGCAGAGACUGGAACAGCAGAAUCUGAAAUAUUGGAGUCAGAAGCAGCAAGAUCAGAGGUCCUGGAGUCAGAGGCUACUGAACCAGCAGUGUCUGAGGUAUUGAGGACCCAGGAUAAAGAGAUUGGGGUUCUGGGGAUGCUGGGGACAGGGGCUGAGAUAAGGGAGUAUAGGGAAUUUGGUAUCCAGAAAACAGAGGUUUGGGGUGCUAUAGUUCCAGGUACCAAGACAGUGACAGCAGAAACUAAGACAUGGGAAGCCCAGGAGAUAGCAGAUGGGGGUGAUGGUGACCUGAAGAUGGAGGCUGAGAUACUGGGAACCCAGAAGAUAGAGGCUGGAGAGGUAGAAGCUAGAAUACUGGAGACCCAGCAGGUAGCAGCUGAAGGUUUGGAGGCAGAAAUGGCAGGAUGUGAUGUAUCAGAAAUGCAGGAGACAGAGGUGGGGACUUGGAGGACUCCAGGAAUAGAGACUGAAACAGCAGUAAGUGAGAUAUUGGGGACCCAUAAAAAAGCAUUUGAGGGUUCAGGGCCCCCACAGAUGCAAUCUAGAAUAGAAGGGGCCCAGGAAACAGAUGUUUCAGUGGUAGAGACAGCAGAAGUUGGUAUACUGGGGACCCAGGAGACAUCAGCAGGUCAUGGAGUAACUUUGGUAGAAGCUGAGACACCAGAAUCCAAGACUGACGGAUCCCCUGAGAGAGAGGAAGGAGACUUAGGUGUUCUGGAGGUAGACACCGGGACAGCAGAAGCCAAGAUCUUCAGGACUCCAGGGAGAACAUCUGGGGUUUGGGAGGUGCUGGGCAUUGGAACAAUGGAAGCAGAGGCUGCCUCUUCAGAAGUCUCAGAGACAUAUGCUGGAGAGGCUGAGCUAUUGGAGGCCAAGGAGCUAUGUGGGGGUUCUGUGGCUGAGAUAACAGAAUCUAAAACAUCAGGGGCCCUGAAGACAGAGGGGGGAGGUGCUGGACUAUCACAGACAGAUGAUGGAGGGGCAGAGGCUGAGCUGCUGGUGACCCAGGAAAUAGCAUCUGAGGAUUCAGGAGUUCCAGGGAUGGAAGAUAAGAUGGAAGAGUCUGAGAUAGUGGGGGCCCAGGAGACAGAAAAGGAGAUGUGGGACAUCCUAGAGGUAGAGACAGAAGCAGUAGAUGCUGAAUUAUUUGGGAUCCAGAAGUCAGAAAUAGGGGGUUCAAAGAUUCCAGAGUUAGAAGCUGAGACAGUAAAAUCUGAGAUUCUGGAGGCCCAGGAGACAGAAGUAAGGGAGUCAGCAUUUCUGGGAGUAGAGACAGAGAAAGCAGAAGCUGAGAUAGCCAGGACCCAAGAAAUAGAACCAGAGGAUUCUGCGGCCUCCAGCCCAGAAGCCGAGGUACCGAGGGCUGAGUGGACAGAAACUAUGAUUUUGGAGUCUGAGGAGGCAAAGACUGACAUUUUGGGGGUCCAGGAAUCUGGAGUUUGGGAAGCUCUUAAAUGUGAGGUCUCAAGCAUCCCAGAGACUAAGCAAAGAGUUUCUGAGGCUGAGGAAGCAGGGCCAGUGGUACCCAGAGUACAAGAGUCAGAAGCUGAAGUUUUGGGGAUAGUAGAGGCAAAAUCUUGGACUUUGGGGCCCAAGGAAGCAGAGAGGUUUAAGGGGUUUGAGUCUCCAGAGAAUAAAUCUAAUAUUUUUGAGGCCCAGGAAGCAGAAUCUGGGGUCUUGGGAACCAUGAAGGGAAAAGAAGCUGAGGAAAGCCUUGAAGAGGCCAGCCUGAGUAAGGCACAGGUGGCCAGUGGGGCAGGGGCUGGGGUGCCCAGGCCCUCGGGGGCCUCUUCCCCAGAGGAGUCUGAAGAGGACAGGAGGCUGCCGGGCAGCCAGGCGCCACCUGCCCUGGUCAGGUCCAGCCAGACCCUGUUGGAGUGGUGCCAAGAGGUCACACGUGGCUACCGUGGUGUGUGUGUCACCAAUUUCACCACAUCCUGGCGCAACGGCCUGGCCUUCUGUGCUAUUUUACAUCGAUUCUACCCAGACAAGAUCGACUAUUUCUCCCUUGACCCGCUCAACAUCAAACAGAACAACAAGCAGGCUUUUGAUGGCUUCGCUGCCCUGGGUGUGUCUCGACUACUGGAGCCGGCGGACAUGGUGCUCCUGUCCGUACCUGACAAGCUCAUCGUCAUGACGUACCUGUGCCAGAUCCGCGCCUUCUGUACUGGCCAGGAGCUGCAGCUGGUGCAGCUGGAGGGCGGCGGUGGCUCUGGCACUUACCGCGUGGGCAACGCCCAGCCGAGCAUGCCCGACGGCCUGGACGCGGGCGACCUGGCGCAGCGGCUUCGCGAGCACGGGGCUGAAGCGCCCACAGAGCCCAAGGAGGCCGUGAACCGUGGGGCCGGGGCGGUACCCAAGGCGGACUCCAAGGACUCGGACCUGGGCGGUGUCCCUAAGGAUGGAGAGGCCAAGGUUGCCCAGGAAGCAACCCCCCCGGAAGCGCCCUCGGAAGGCCCCAGAGCCCGGUCGUCCACGUCCCCCGUUGCCCCCACAGAGGGGCUGGUGAACGGAGUGGGGGCGCCAGGUGGCGUGGGUGGCGUGAGGCUGAGGCGGUCCUCUGUCAGUGGAGAGGCUGGGCCGGUCCCUCCACCACGAGCACAUGGCUCUUUCUCCCACGUGCGUGACGCUGAUCUGCUAAAGAAGAGGCGAUCCAGGAUGCGGAACAGCAACUCCUUCUCUGUGGAUGAGCCGGACGCGGGAGCCGCCGUCGGAACAGGGCCUGCAGGACCUGGGGCUGUGGAAGGCCCCCACCCUGACUCCAGCCUUGACUCUGGCCCACUCACGGCCACGGCCCCACAGCAGCCUCCCGGUGGGAACCCUCCUUCAGAGGAGCCGACCCCUGCUCCAGCCGAAGAGACUGGACUGCAACGGUUCCAGGACACAAGUCAGUACGUGUGCGCGGAGCUGCAGGCCUUGGAACAGGAGCAGAGACAGAUAGAUGGGAGAGCCGCCGAGGUGGAGAAGCAGCUGAGGAGCCUCAUGGAGUCAGGUGCCAACAGGCUGCAGGAGGAGGUGCUGAUCCAGGAGUGGUUCACUCUGGUCAACAAGAAGAACGCGCUCAUCCGGAGGCAGGACCAGCUGCAGCUGCUCAUCGAGGAGCAGGACCUGGAGCGGAGGUUCGAGCUGCUGAGCCGGGAGCUGCGCGCCAUGCUGGCCAUUGAAGAGUGGCAGAAAACCGUCCCCCAGAAGCACCGGGAGCAGCUCCUGCUGGAGGAGCUGGUGUCCCUGGUGAACCAGAGGGAUGAAUUGGUCCGAGACCUAGACCAGAAGGAACGCAUCGCUCUGGAGGAAGAUGAGCGCCUGGAACGCGGCCUGGAGCAGCGGCGGCGCAAGUUGAGCCGGCAGCUGAGCAGGCGGGAGCGCUGCACGCUGAGCUGAGCCUCCUCCUCCCGCCCGGUUCGCCCUUUCUCUGGUCACGGACCCUCCUCGCCACUCCCCCGGCCUGCACAGCAGAGGACGGGCCCCGACUUCUUCGGGGAAGCCGGGCCGACCCAGGCCUGCGGACUGGAGCAGCGGAGCCUGCCAGACAGUAUUUAUUUUGCUGAGUGUGUGUGAAUGUUUUGGCCGUGGCCAGGAUCCCAGGCGGCCUGCGCGGGCCUCUUCCCCUCUGUCUACAAAGGGAUGGGGCAGGGACUGCCGCCCACGGCCUCCUUCCCCUCUGUGUCUGGAGCAAUAAAGUUGGACGAGGACAAACCAGCAAUAAAGUUGGACGAGGACAAA